AUGGACACCAGAGCAGAGAUGGAGGUUGUGAGAAGCACAAAGGGGAAUGCCCCUGGGGAGGUCAGUGUCCACAUGGUAACCACUGAGAGCCCUGUGCAGAGCAACCAUCUGCCAGCGACUGCCUUCAUCAUACCAGCAAAUGCCACUACCAUCAACCUUCCCACGAGCACCUUAGAAAUCCAGCGCUUGCCCCGGGAGCCACAGAGGAGCACAGGGGCCGACAGGCCAGAGCGGGGAGCAGGGACGGAGCCCAUCACAGCUGCUGUCAUUCCCCAGAUCGGCGGGGUGCAGACCUGCAGCACAGUCCGAGUGCUGGAAUGGAAAGACGGGGUGGCUACUUUGCCUGGGAGUAACCUGCGGUUUCGAAUAAAUGAGUAUGGGACGCUGAAGGUGGUGAGUGCUGAUAAGAUUCCUCCAGUGGAAACAGUAAAGGAGGAUCACACAGAGAAAGAUGGGGACUCAGAGGUGGCACCCACCAGCAGGGACAAUCCUACUGUGUCUCAGGAUGUGCCAGAGGAAACCAAGCUGCCGACAGCAGAAAAUAUGUGUCACUGUGAUACCUGUGGCCGGAGACGUGUUUCAGACAGAGCCUGGGAAGGCAGGGGCUUCUGUAGUGACCACUGUCACCAGCAGUUCAAAGAAAGGUCUGUCAUUGUGGAGAACUCUGCCAGCAGCACCAAUGCCACUGAUAUCCUCAAGCCAGUGAAGAUACGGAAGAGGAGGGACUACCAGAGCCCUUCAGAGGAAGAAUAUGAAUCUGAGCAAAUGGAGGAAAAGCAGGAAGAGACAAAAAACUCAGCGGGGGACUUGCCCAUCAGCAAUCCAGAGACCGAUUCGUGGAAUGGGAGCCAGCAUGGUGCCAGUGAGAAGAAAGAAGGCUGGUCUUGGGCGCCCUACUUGGAGGAGCAGAAAGCUGUCGCUGCCCCUUUAGAUCUCUUCCAGGAUUACCAAGUAGCUUCCCAGCGCAAGAAUGGCUUUAAAGUGGGGAUGAAGCUGGAAGGAAUUGAUCCACAGCACCCAUCUAUGUACUUCAUUCUGACGGUGGCUGAGGUGUGUGGUUACCGGAUGCGCCUCCACUUUGAUGGCUAUUCCGAGUGCCACGAUUUCUGGCUGAAUGCUGACUCCCCUGACAUCCACCCCGCUGGCUGGUUUGAGGAGACAGGGCACAAACUCCAGCCCCCGAAAGGUUAUAAGGAAGAAGAAUUCAGCUGGACAAACUACCUGAAGAUAACAAAGGCUCAGGCAGCUCCUAAGCAUCUCUUCAUGGUCCGAAACACUCACGAGGCUUCUCCAGGCUUUGAAGUGGGCAUGAAGCUUGAAGCUGUGGAUCGUAUGAACCCUUCCCUGAUAUGUGUUGCCACAGUGACGGACGUGGUGGACAAUCGUUUUUUGGUUCACUUUGACAACUGGGAUGAUACUUAUGACUACUGGUGUGACCCCAGUAGUCCAUACAUCCACCCAGUUGGAUGGUGUCAGGAGCACGGCAAACCCCUCACACCUCCUCAAGAUUAUCCUGAUCCUGACAACUUCACCUGGGAAAAGUACUUAAAGGAAACUGGAGCAUCUGCUGUCCCAGCUUGGGCCUUCAAAGUGCGCCCACCCCAUGGCUUCCUGGUCAACAUGAAGCUGGAGGUAGUGGACAGGAGGACUCCUUCAUUCAUCCGAGUGGCCAGUGUGGAGGACGUGGAAGAUCACAGGAUAAAGAUCCAUUUUGAUGGCUGGAGCCAUGUCUAUGAUUUCUGGAUUGAUGUGGAUCAUCCAGACAUCCACCCCAUUGGCUGGUGCUCAAAAACUGGACACCCACUGCAGCCUCCUCUCAGGCCAAAGGAACCAGCUUCCUCUGCCCAUGGGGGCUGCCCAACCCUGGGCUGCAAGACCAUCCCUCACACCAAGAGCUCCAAGUACAGCUUUCACCACAGGAAGUGCCCCACGCCGGGCUGCGAUGGGUCAGGACACGUGACUGGGAGAUUCACAGCUCAUUACUGCCUGUCAGGGUGUCCUCUGGCAGAGAAGAACCAGGGCAGGGUUAAAGCUGACUUGUCCGACACCGAGGCCUCCACUCGCAAGAGGAACCUGAUUGGCUUCCCUCAGCGAAAGAAAUCUCGGCACCACGGGAGAGGGCGACCUCCAAAAUACCGGAAGAUCCAGCAGGAAGACUUCCAAACUAUUUCUUCAGACAGUCUGCACCAGUCACUCUUCAUGUCGGCCCUGUCUGCCCAUCCUGACCGCUCCCUGUCACUCUGCUGGGAGCAGCACUGCAAACUUCUGCCAGGGGUGGCUGGUAUCACAGCAACUACAGUGGCCAAGUGGACCAUUGAUGAGGUCUUUAGCUUUGUUCAGACCCUGACUGGUUGCGAGGACCAAGCCAAGCUCUUCAAGGAUGAGAUGAUCGAUGGGGAGGCCUUCCUCUUGCUGACACAGGCUGACAUCGUCAAGAUUAUGAGUGUCAAGCUGGGCCCAGCCCUCAAGAUCUACAAUGCCAUCCUCAUGUUCAAAAACGCCGAUGACACCUUAAAGUGA